AUGGCAGCAGUGGUGUUGCCCCGGACACUGGGUGAGCUGCAGCUCUUUCGCAUCCUGCAGAGAGCCAAUCUCCUGUGCUACUAUGACGCUUUCAUCCAGCAGGGCGGCGAUGACGUGCAGCAGCUGUGCGAGGCUGCAGAGGAAGAGUUUCUGGAGAUCAUGGCGCUCGUCGGCAUGGCGACCAAACCUCUUCACGUACGACGGCUGCAGAAAGCCCUUCGUGACUGGGUCACAAAUCCUGCCCUCUUCAGCCAGCCCCUCAAUUCCCUUCCUGUGUGCAGUAUCCCUGUCUACAGGCUGCCUGAAGGCUCUUCAGCCAGCCUCAGCCAGCUAAAUCUCAAACUACCCAAAGCAGCUGCUGCUUCAUGUCUGGACCCAGGAAAGCUGGAUCCGGGCAGAGAUGGGACCCCAGCCAGCUCUCCUCUGCAGGGCGGCAGCGAGGGCCGGUUCUGGGCCAGUUUCGGCAACGACAGCGACCAAAGCAUGUCGCCAUCUGGAGCAAGCUCACCGCGCUCACCCCGCGACGGGGUCGAGGCGCUCGACGCAGCUGCCGUGCAGUCUGUAACGGAGUGCGUGGAGAGAUUGGCCCAAACUCUGACCAAAAGCGACCUUGCCGAUGUCAAAGAACAACUCCGCAGCAACAAGAAGUUGGGCAAGAUGAUCGGCCACAUCUGUGACAUGAGCGAAGAUGAUCCAAGACGGGAGGAAGAGAUCCGCAAAUAUAGUGCUAUCUACGGACGCUUCGACUCCAAGAGAAGGGAUGGCAAGCAUCUAACACUGCAUGAAUUGACAGUGAAUGAGGCUGCAGCUCAACUGUGUAUGAAGGACUUGGCGCUUCUGACCCGCAGAGAUGAGCUGUUUAAUCUGGCACGUCAGGUCUCCAGAGAGGUCACCUACAAAUAUACCUACAGGACAAGCAAGUUCCGAUGUGGGGAUAGAGAUGAGCCAUCUCCUAAGAGAAUCAAAACAGAGGAGACUUUCUUUGACAUUCAGGAAGCUCUGCAGACCAUCCACAUGCGUCAGGAGAUGCUCAGGGAGCAACUAGCAUGUGCUAAGUCCAAAGGAGAAGAGAUGAUUGGACAGAGUCUUCAGGUGCAGUUGGAUCGUCUGUUAGCUAAACAGAUGGAGAUCCUUCGUGACGCUGCUCUACAAGAGAGGCUACAGGCUCUAGACUGGAGAAUCCCUCCUGCUGCUGUCAAAUUCCUCACAGACCGUCACGGCAGGAAUGGCUUUUCCCAGGACAAGAGCCGAGACGUCUCAGCCGAUAGGCCUUUGAACUUGCAGGUGUCCAGUCAGAGUGCCACCAAUGGGGAUAUUCCACUGGGGAAGCAGCUAGCCAAUGAGCUGAAACGACAUCACAAACCACAGAAUUCUGAUGAGAACAGAACAUCAACCACAGAAAAUGGCGUCUCUCAAAGAGGGGCUGUGCUUUUGGAGAAGAACAUCAAAUCAGAACCAGAAGAUCCAAGAUAG